AAAAAUCAUGUCUAACGUUAACGAUGUCAGAAAAAAGGUGAAUCAGCAGAUGAAUGGUGGUCUCACUGUCGUACUCUUUGGAGCAUCCGGUGAUUUGGCCAAGAAAAAGACGUUUCCAGCAUUGUUCCGAUUGUUUAAAAAUAAAUUACUCCCCACAUCAACAGUGAUCAUUGGUUAUGCACGAUCGAAAUUGGAUCAUGAUGGAUUUGUCCAACGAAUCACGGAAAAUCUAAGCAAGGAGGAAGACAAGAAAACAGUGGAUGAUUUUGUCAAGAUAUGUAGCUACGUAUCAGGCCAAUAUGACCAGGAUGAAUCAUUUCAACACUUACAACAAGUCAUCGGUCAGUCUGAAGACAAGCGGGGCAUGAAACAAGGGCAGAAAAACCGAAUCUUUUACAUGGCUUUACCUCCCUCAGUGUUCUUGGAUGUGGCUAAAGGAUGUCGUAGAAAUGUCAUCUCACCCGAUGACAAGAGUGUGAAUCGUGUCGUUAUUGAAAAACCAUUCGGGAAGGACCUAGAAUCAUGUAAUGAGCUUCUGUCAAAUCUUCGUGUAUUGUUCACAGAAAACGAUACAUAUCGCAUUGAUCAUUAUCUUGGCAAGGAAAUGGUGAAAAACAUCAUACCUUAUCGAUUCUCCAAUGCAUUCAUUCAUCCUCUUUGGAACAACAUCCAUAUUGAUUCAGUGCAAAUUACUCUAAAGGAACAUUUUGGUACAGAAGGUCGUGGAGGUUAUUUCGAUGAAUUUGGUAUUAUUCGAGAUGUGAUUCAAAACCAUCUACUUCAAACCAUGUCAUUGGUUGCUAUGGAAAGACCCAUUGGAAGAGGAGCAGAAGCGAUUCGAGAUGAAAAAGUCAAAGUAUUGAGAUGUGUCAAGCCUAUCAAGAUCGAAGACACGUUGAUUGGUCAGUAUGUGGCUAAUGGAGACAAGCCUGGUUAUUUGGAUGAUGAUACAGUACCAAAAGGUAGUCUAUGUCCAACCUUUGCAGCUAUGGUGUUAUGGAUUGAUAAUGAUCGUUGGGACGGUGUGCCUUUUAUUCUCAAGGCGGGUAAAGCACUCGAUAAGUCGAAAGUAGAAAUACGUGUUCAAUAUAAAAAAGUACCUGGUAGUUUGUAUGGAGGUGUUCAUCGCAAUGAAACAGUGAUGAGAAUCCAACCAUCAGAAGCUAUUUAUACAAAAUUCAAUAACAAAUCACCUGGACUCACGGAUCACACUAUGGUAACUGAAAUGAAUUUGACUUACAAAGACCGUUUUGAAAAUCUUCAGAUUCCUGAUGCUUAUGAAUCUCUAAUUUUGGAUGUUAUGCGCUCUGAUCAUUCAAAUUUUGUACGUGAUGAUGAAUUGGAUGCCGCUUGGCGAAUUUUCACUCCUGUUUUACAUCAAUUGGAAAAUGAAAAGAUCAAGCCUUAUCCAUACAAGUACGGUACUCGAGGUCCCGAUAAAGAAAGUGAAUUUGUGAAAAAGUAUGGUAUAGAACAAUUGAUGACUGGGUAUACUUGGCCAAAACAAGAUGUAGAACAACAGUAA